AUGGAAAAAUUGUCGGAGGAAAUAAACAACAAGAAUGAAAUAGUAGUUCUGAAGAGUGUAUGCGGUGAAAAGAAUGGAGUAAGAGAAAAAGGAGUAAAUGAGAUGGAUCAAUAUUUUUGCAAAGUAAUGUUAAGAAAUUAUAUAAUUGCAACUGUAGAGGACUUUGGCGGAUUAUUUACAGGAAAAAAUGCACGUACGUGGAGCAUUGGUCGAAAUGUACGAUGUGGAAUUAUGAACCUAUGGUUAGAAUACUAUAAGGAUGAAAAUUGUGAUCCGAGGAACAUGUAUGAAUAUAUUAAGCAUAUAGUGCAACAAUGGACGGGGUACAUGAAAAUAGCGGUAACCUAUCAGGAGUGUAAAUACGAAGGGGACAAUGAUUCCAAUAUAAACGACGUAAAAAUGUACCUUCAGAAAAAAGAGUCGAAGUGGGAAAAAAAAGUACAUGGAAAAAUAGGAAGUUUAAAAAAAAAGGGUGCCUGUGGAAACACCGUAUACAGAAGGACAGGGGAGAUAGAUGUAGGGGGGAAUACAAUAAUACUAAAAGCGAGUUCAUACAAGGAGGAUGAAAGUGGAUUACAGAAGUCUACACCAGGAGCGGUGACAACAAGUAAAGAACCCGAUAUUCACCUUAAGACUGAUAGUGACAAGGAUAUUCAGACUACACAUGGCAGCAUGGGAAGUACUGAGCAGGCUGAACCCGUCGCUGAACCUAAUAAUAGUCAAAAUAAUAGCGCACAGGGUCCUGAGUCUGAUGAGGUUACUACUGGACAAGUGAGUAAAAAUGGUCUUGCACAAUCUGCUUCAACAGAUGAGAGCAGACAAGAAGAUGGCAAAGUGGUUGAUCAUGCUACAGAGCAAGAAAAUACGGAGGGGGAGGGUGAAGAGAAUAUGAAUAGUGUCGUAUCCAGUUCCGCUCCCACUGCUCCGGAGCAACGGCCGUCUGGUCCCGAUAGAGCCAAUGAAGUCACUGGAGUUCCCAAGCAGACCGAAGCUCCUGGGGGUGAUACUCAGGAACCCGGUUUACAAGGUCCCAAAGGGAGUCCAAUAGCUCCCUCCAGAGAUGGAGCAGCAACAACAGCUAUCAACGAAGUAACAAAGAUAACGUCAGCAAGUGGGAAGAAACAGGUUCCAGUGGAGAAAAGUGGACUAAAACAAACUCCACCCAAACUUAAGGAAGUCAACUUUAUUAAUACUUUAAUCCCAUACAUUCCUAUUAUCCCCGCAUUAGUCGGAAUUGUUGUGACCGUUAUCCUUCUUUGGAAGUAUUUUACCCUCGGUAAGCGAAGACGACGUUACAGAAGAGCUCAUCCAGUACGUGGUCCUCCAACUUUGGAAGAACAACUCCUUGAUAAUGUGGAACAGGAGGAUAUAACGAUAGGGUAUGCGCCUUAUGGGUAUGACAUGGUUAAGGUGCGCGAGCCCAGACAUAGGAGAAAAAUGCAGCAAAGGAAACGUGUCACCUGCAAGACUAUUAUUGAUAUCCAUUUUGAAGUCUUAGACGAAUGUCAAAAGGGGGACACCAAACUAGUUCACAAGGACUUUAUUAAAAUCAUUGUGGAAGAAUAUAUGAGCUCGGAGUGCAAAAAAGAAAAAAACAUAGAAAAAGGAACACAAGAGCAGAAUCUUCCUUCUUUAGAGAACCUUCCCCUCUCGGGGGAUCUUACUUCUUUAAGGAAUCUUCUUUAUUUAGGAAAUCUUCCUUCCUUAAAGAAUCAUUCUUCUUCAAAGAAUGAACAUCAGUCCUCAACCGGUGUCCCAACAUGCAAUGUCCCUUAUUGGAUUAAUUGGAUCGAAGGAAAUAUGAAGGUGUUAGUUGAUAUUAAAACACAAGGUUGGUUCCACGACUUAAAGGUAAGUUGGAAGGAACAUCAAAAACUUCAUUUGACUAUGGGACAGAAUAAACAGGGUGAAGUACACGACCAUGGUGAUAUUGCAUCCACAGAAAGGCAAAAAAAAAAGAAAGAUGCGUGGAAAUGGUGGGUUUCAAUGCAACAUUCCCUUAUGGAAACAUACAACAAAACAGAUUGGUUUAUUCAUUUAUUAAACAAUUCGGAGGAUGCACUAAAUAAAUUAGUAGUACAACGAGGUAACGUAACGGUGAAAGCGGAAGAUCCGUUAGGGCCAGAAAAUGUGUUAAGAAAUCCACAACUGGAUCGACAAUCCUAUAAGAAGGAACAAUCCAUAGCAAAGUUAUGGAUGCUUAUCCUUGCAUUGGUAAUAGAAGAAUGUGAAAUGGAAGAGAGUGUUCAUGACAAAGAAAUAUAUUUGGAUAAUUUAUUGCGCAACACUUGA